AUGUGCACACGAGUGACCUCGAGGGGACCGCUAGGCGGACGCAUAAAGGAGUCAGUCUCGUUGCUGCCUGCAGUUUCCACCUCAAGAAGACGUCUGUUGAGGAAGGGAGUUUCUCCAGAACUCUUCUGCUUGGGCCGAAUUUGUCGGGCAAAUUGUAAGGCGGAUGCUCACUCAGUUUUUGCUCACUUGCUCAACUGAAUAUUUACUCUGAAGGCUUCGGUUUCGUUUGAAACCACGUUGUCGACGUAUAUGCUUUUUAAAACUGGCUGCGAACUCUUUAUUUUCAAGAAGAAGCUAACCUAGGCGACAAAUCAUUGUUCCAAUUACGUUCAUGGACAGUAAUACCCCUUGUUUUAUUUUAUCUGCCAAUGCUAUCCCUGUUUUGUGAAUUUUUUUGACUUUUUACCUUCACUCGGGAAAUAAUUAAUUCCCUACCUUCAAACUAAUGAAUUGCGCGAAAUAUAAGAGAGCUUUAAACCUGAAUUCGGAUUUCCGUGAGAGACAGAGAGUGAGGUCAGUGUCGGAAGAUCCACUCCCCCCAGCAUAUCAGCGCAGUCCCCACUGUAACAAAUCACGGGGUAUUUGAAUCCAACUCGACGAGCUGAGAAUCGUAGCUUGGAAGGCUCUCAAGUAACGGGAUAACUAGGUCCUUUUCAAGGCUGAAAGUCAUGCUUCAGUGGCUUUUUCUUACGCAUGCGAUGUCUGAGCCGACCCUGCAGUGAUUAAUCUCUGAGGAAAUUAAAAAGCUGCAAAAGUUAAUUCAGUAUAGUCUAGCAGACGUAAGCGAAUUCCUUGAAAAUCCUGUUUUGCGCGUGACGAGGCAGUAAAGCUGGCGACGUGAUAAACAUAAAUAUACUACUAGCAACAUUACAGUAACAUGAUUACAUAAAUAUUCACGAACUCCGCAAUGGGAACGAAGCGACAUGAGACAGUGGUGCACAUCAAUUUACCCAUCAACGCGGGAAAGGCAAUGACUUGAUGUGCCAGAAAUUUUCUUUCUUUCUGGCUGUACUUUUUCAUGUGAAUACCUACUAUAUGUGCAUGUAUAAAGUACUACUUCGGAUCAUAAAUUUGCCACCAUAUAUAGAUUUGCCAAACUUAGACAAAAUUUCAUGAGUAUUUGCGCAAGACAGUUAACAGUUCCUGGACGAAUAGAACAUCCGAAGGGUGUUUGAAAAAACGGAAAGGCCUACGCGCAAUGUUCUUUGGUGGCUUUACGAAAUUCGAAGGCAAAUUAUUGACAUUCUCAUUGUCUCUAGCGACGGUGUCUACCAUGGGUCCCGCGACAAGGAGGGCGCAAGACGAUGACAUGCGCGUAAAUUAGUUCACAACGUCCCCUGCAUUCCCCAUCCAUUCCAAAUUUCGGCCUGGUGACAAGACAGAGUCAAAAAGGCCAGAGGUCGGAUUGGGUGCAAUGGCUGACAAGGCCAAACUGUCCGUCUACGCGGACAACACACGGCAUGGUGCCGGCACAUUGGGCCGUGCAUUCGCAAAAACACAGGGUGGCAUUGAUUUCAUCUUAGGGGGUGUCAUGAGGGAGGCGUUAAGAAGGAGCCAUUGGUCCUGACUGCCAAUCCCCGAGCUAGUUAUUCCCCCCACUCACGGCACUGGCCACGAGGAUCGAAUUAUCUCGUCGGUUGACAAUCCUUAAAGCCACGACUUUCGAAGCGUCGUGAUGGGUUCGACUACUUCAGAUUCAUGAUAGUGAGAAAUGGAUCCGCAGAGUCGGUCUCUUGCCCCCCUCCCCCAUGCCCCGCUUGACUGUUCGAGUCGGUCAAACAGCUGGUGUUGGGAUUGGAUGCCGUAACCAACUGAGUUACGAUAGUCCGUCCACGUGCGAUGCACACGAUGCAGUGAUCAGGUCGUGCAUCUUCUGCGCAGGUGCUGGAUGAUGUGACACGUGGUCUAGGUAUGUGUAUUUGUGGUGAUGAGGUUGGGACUGCGAUGUUCUACCGAAAAUCUUAAUGAUGGCGUAUGUGGCCAAGUAGGUCCACGCGAUGAGUGUGCGUGGGCAGUGCGAGCAGUUGAGGUGAGUGCUACUGGUGUAUGUUGAUGCUUCUGGCGCUGGUCCGUCAUGAUUUCGGCGAUGAUGCAUUCGCAUGUAACCGACUAGACUCGUGGGUGAUGUGGGCGUUCGAUCACAGUGGGGGCAUGUUAGGACCAAGUCCGCAUUGCUGGUGCGCGGAGAGGUGGCGGAGGUCGUGGUAGGUGGCAGGGCCUCGGGAAUGUUCUCUCCGGCGAUGAUGAAGAGCUUGUGGUAUUAAUGGUGGGGGUGAUGUUAGGCGACGGAACAUCGGGAGUUUGUUCGCCGAUAGUGGUAGUGGUGGUCGUCGACAUAGUGGCGGCUGCGGUAGUGUGGGCGGAGGCGAAGGCGGUUAAUAUAACAACGAACUAAUGACGUAGGGACCAUGCUCAAUCUAGAGGAGGUAAAGCGUAAAAAGUCUCGAGAGCGCAAGGAGUCUAACAAGGUCAAAGUUUCCAAGGAAGUCUGAUUUGCUAAACGCGAACACAUGCUUAAUGACCGGUCAUUUACCUGCUAACGCUUCUCGCUUAUUUAUACAACGGUGGAAUUGCCGUAUGAAAGGUGCACGAAUUUACAGUAGAUGUGCUAACUCAUGAAAUGUCAACCAAAAUUUCGAAAUUCGUUCUCGUUUCGAAAAGAUUAAUUAAAUAGGGUUGUAAAACUAAUAGUCCUGCAGCAUAAUUCUAUAAUAAUCCAGUUACCUCAGGAUGCCGGCUUCAGGACGAACUUCUUUUCGGCUACAUGCAAUAACUAUACUCUGUAAAGAAAUGACUACCCAAGUAGCAUGUGUUUUUCAUUGAUUCUCGAUGCCCUUGAAAAUUCAAUUAUAUUUCAUGGAAAACAUGCAUAAAAAUAUUCAUUUUUUUACUUAUUCGGUAGAAAAUCACGUCUUCUUCCAAUUUCAUACUCAAAAGAAGAGUAUAAUUCGGUUUUAAAAAACUUUUCUAAUUCCCGAAUAGUUCUGAACCCGACCUGCUGUUACACUUGCAUUCAGGGUUUCAAAACUACAAGCUGUAUAUUUUCCGUAUACGGAAAACCAUGCAUUUCUCUACAGUGUUAAGGGGAGGUCAUAUGAGGUUCAUAAAAUUAAGCAGUGGAUUUGAGCAAUAUUGUUAACUUUACAAGCCACAUUCGUAAAUGCAGAUACAUGACGUUUUAUGAACGGCCACCUCACGUUAUUUACAAAUCUCACAAUUAGAAACGUUUUUAAAACCGAAUUGUACUCUUCUUUUGAGUAUGAAAUUGGAAGAAGACGUGAUUUUCUACCGAAAAAGUAAAAGAAUGAAUAUUUUUAUGCAUGUUAUAAUUGAAUUUUCAAGGGCAUCGAAAAUUAAUGAGAAAAUUGCAUGCUACAUAAGUAGUCAUUUUUUGCAGAGUAUAGAUCUUGCAUGCAGCCAAAAAUAAGUUCUUUCGAAAGCCAACACCCUUACGUGACUGGAUCAUUAUAGAUUUAUACUGCAUCAUGAUUAUUUUUACAACACUACUUAAUUUAUCUUUUCGAAACGAGAACGCAUUUCGAAAUUUUGGUUGACAUUUCAUGAGUUAGCACAUCUACUGUAUGACACUGCUUUAGCAUAUUUUUUAUUCCCAUACCGAGUUUUAUAGUUGUCCCUCUUGCCAUUCUUUUUCAAUCUUCUGUUUAUGCCGGUCCUUUUAAGUCAGUGUUUAUUAACCAUUACGUGGUACAUUUCCAACUCGAUGCAGGCUUUGCCUUUUAGUUUACGGUGACAAUACGAGUCCUACAGGCAAAACAGUCAAGCCUGCAUUAAUACGACUCCUGAGUCGGAGUGUGAUCAGUCUAUCGAUCACCGUUACUAGCUAAAUAUCAGUAAGCGAUAAGCAGCAUUAACUAGUGCUCAAAUUUGCCGACGGGCCUGGUAAGAUCGAGUGGAGAAUGAAGCCAACAAGUGCCGGCUGGCAGCUUUGACAAGGAAAUACUCAUAGAAUUUUCCCAGUGAAAAAAGUAUUUAAUCGCUUUCCUCCUAACAUUUUAUUCAGCUGCUACUGGUAUUUGCUUGCUUAUUAAAUGGAAAAAUGAUAAAACAGAAUGGCAAUCUGACCGUCGUUUCCGAUGAUGUCCUUCGUGUGCUCCACAGCAGGGUUUGCGCAGAGACGGUGACUUGUGCGUGAAGUAGUUUAGAGUGUUGGCAGACUUUUGUUGCGUUUACCGCACUCGCUUCUCCCUCAGCCGGCUGGUCUUCGUGUCAGGACAGAGGCGAGAAGACUAGAGACGGGGAAAGGGGGAGGGUUGGUUGGUGUGAAGCGUGAACUUGAGCCUAGGCGUGCCAUCAUACCCUCAAAUCUAUGGCAUUUGUCGCGAAUGCGCAGCUCAAUAACGCGUGCCGUAGCACGAUCUGAUCCCCAUAUAGGUCCAGCGCAAAUCCAGCGUGGCCUGUUGUAGAGUACGGCCUAAAAAAACGGUAACUUAAAAACAGGCAAAACAGCUUCCCGCUGAUAGAAAAUAACGUCAUGGCCCAAGUCGCGAUGCUCAACUAUCAGAAAUGGAAUGGCUGAGAGGAAAAGAGCUUAACUGAAACGCGCGACUAGCAUAAAUGUAAAGUUGUGUGGAAAUUAUCGGACAGAAAAAUGACAGCUCCUUUCAGUUUCUCGACGCCCAAGGAAGAACAUCCUUUUGUUGUUCUCCCUAAUAAAUGCUCACCAAUCACACAGACAAGCAAUCAUUCUCUCUCUUUCUCUCUCUCUCUCUCUGUGUCUGACGAAGAUGAUCUCGGUAUAACCAAGUGAAUCUAACUAACCUACAGAAUAGAACGGUCGAUGACAGCAUGGAUUACAGGCCGGAUAGGAUGAUAGGUUAGUGGACGUCAUGAGAGGGGAGAAGAGCCAAUUAGCAUUGACUCACAUCAUUUGCUCCUCUGUGAUGCUGAACAAUCCCCGGAAGGUCGAAGUGGCUUUGCGAUUGAAACUUUUGAUGGGACCAAAACUACUCCAAUCAGAUAUUACUCCCUGUUGAUGUUAUAUAGGACACUUGCCUGUCUGGCGAUGUGGUUACACAUUACACAUCUGAUUGUAUAAAUAUGCAAAAACCGUUUGGAGCUGAGUGGACAGCCAUCACCAGGGGAAACUUCGGCAACCGUUCUGCUGCCCUUUGACAGAUGAAGUAAGUGAUGGUUAGAGUAUGAUAAUUUUCCUAAGAUGACAUUGCUUAGAAACCUUGCGCAAAUUUCGUUUUUACACAGAGGCAUGUUCCAACAAACUCCAGAAUAUCAGUUUUGCCGUCCUUCAAAAACGGAACUAUCACAGUUGACCAUCCUUUAUCAACGCCUGUGUUUUCACCAAUGGUUGCAUAUUUAGAUCACUCUGUUUGCUUUCUGCCCAAUUGAUUAUCCGUUUAUGUGGUCGUUAAUCUUAGCCCGUUUGGCCUCCGCCGAGAAAAGUCGGAAAUGUCCGUCUGACAGAAGUUAAGGUGCCCACCCGGAGACGUGUUUGCUACAUUGGUCAGGCGCCAGAGGAGUCCGUCAGGGACCCGUGUUGGACUCUCACUAAGGCGGAUGCAACAAAAGUACGCCCAGACAAUGAGAGGAUCUCCAAAUAACAAUUAUUACUUUUAAUCUAAAAUUUGUAAAAUGCACUGAGACUGGACAUUAUAAAAAAUCCCACCCCGACUUAAGCUAUGUCUGAAAUUCUAUAUAGACCAAAUAAUGAAUUAAGAGGAUAUGCGCUUUGUUACGCUGGAUGCGGUCAAGUCUGAUCACUUUGGUUAGCCCCACCCCACAGGUGACCUUGCGCUAAAUUCCAGAGGGUUCCUAUUUCGGUAUCCUAACUCUAAGCUUCAAAAUAACACUAAACCUCGUAACCCUGGCCCUGACCACCCCCCUGGAGUUUAGUGUAGGGUUACUUGUAUUGCAGGAGGGGUCUAUAUUCCCGUGCUCUACCACUACUUUUUAGUUUUUAUUCGCGGAGCACUUGAUUGGGAUUGAAGGGCCUGACUAUUCGAGCUCGUGCCUAUCUGGUCGCAUUCGGUUUGGUCGCAUCGUUAAGAGUUUUACGCCAAAAGUAAUACCUACUGGCUUAAUUUCAGUAAUAUAUUCAAUCACAACUCGAAAACUCUUUACCGACAAGAAGAGAUACCGGUCUGGUCAUUUCUGGCUAAUAGCCGUCAAGCCUCCCUUAGAGCCAGGACAAGACUUCCAUGACUUCCAACGAGUUAUGCCAAUACUCACCAUAUGGCGAAUACAGAAAGGACCAUCGGAAAGUCUUAUCUGUCAUAAUCAAGAACAGCUAGAAUUCGCGCAAAACGACUCUAAAGCGUUCGACAGAAAAAAAGAUUAGGCAGACAUACGAAUAUUAAAGGUGAUACCACGGAAACCAGAUUAAUUUCCCUGGGCUACAACGGUACAGUCGAAGUUUUGCUGCCUUUUUCAAAGAUAAUGCAUUUGAAAGCGUGCUUACUUACAGGUGGUAACGUACGUCCUAAAGUCGCAGAAUAAAAGAAGCCAUGGCGACUCUAUUGCAACAUAGUGGGGCUGUAAUUCUAUUGAUAGGGUUGUAGCGGACAGCAAUUAUUACCGGUCUGGUGCCAUUGUUAAAUACCUCGCUGUCUCAAUCUCAUUCACCCCUUGCAGCGAGCCGUCCCGGACAAGCUGACCUGAAACCACUCGACCGACUUCAGCUCGGGCACAAUUGCGUCCACACAGCCUCGCAGCUACCCAUGCGCCACUUGAACGGGCCAGCCCCUGCAACCAGCAAAACAAGCCACUGGGACACCACCCCUCGACAAAUGCAACACACGCCAAUUGGAGACCACUUGAGCUUGACCCACUAG